AUGAAUCACCAAUAUUGGAUAACAAGAAAUGCCAAAAAGCUGCAAAGGAAGUUCAAUGCUAAAGAAGACGAGAAUAUAGUGCAUAGUGAUCUUGAACUAGACUCAAAAAUUGAGCUAUUUAAAUCGAUAAAUGAAUCCACGACCAAUUUAUCAAACAUAGUCGACAAAUAUCGUGAUGCACUCAAUGUCCUGGCAAGUGAGAUGGCAAAUUUGGGUCAGUUCCUUCGUGAUUGUGGGAAAAAUUCAGCAUCCAGUUCAGGUGUUAUGAUGAAUUCAGGGAAAGUUAUAAAUUAUUUGGGACAACAGCAUUUCACAGGCAUGUCAGCACUUACUCGAACAUCCCAGGAACUUAAUACAUUUAAGAGAGCUGUAAAUGACAGUAAAGAGACCAUACAAGCUAUGGAAAAGGAAAGGACUGAAUAUCGUGCAUCGUUAGCUCUUAUGAAAAAUUGUAGUGCUGAUAUCGAUCCAGAUAGUGGACGAGGCUUAGAGAAAUUUCGUACGUCGCAAAAAUAUGUCAAGUAUGCGAAACAAAAAUUCGACAAGUUCUCCUUAGCAUGCUUACAAAAGAUUGACUUGCUGUCGGCUGCUCGUUGCAAUUUAUUUUCGUACUCGCUUGCAGCUUAUCAGAAUAAUUGGAUGUCGUUGUUGUUGAAAAAUCAGGAAGUUUUGGAAGCUCAUAUAAGGAUAAUUGAGAAUGAGCCGAUAAAACACAGUUUUAGUGGUGUUUUAAAGGAAUUAACACAAGAAAUUGCCAGUUCUCAAAAUGUCAAACAGCCAGAAGCGAUAGAAUUGAAUGAUAAUGAUCAACGACUAUUCUUUAGUGAAGAAUUCAGCGAUGGAGUUCAAGCUGAAAAUAAAGUAGAAAAUAAUAAUGAUAAGAAUGGUGUCAAUGAUGCAGCAGAAGUAAAGGCUAAUGAAAAUCACAAGCUUAUUGAUUAUGAAGCAUUUGAUGAGUUUACAAGUUCAUCUAAUAUUCUAUUGCCUUCACAAUUGCUCAUGGAUGACUCGUUAUUUAAUCAAAAUGAAAUAGGCGACUUGCUAGGAUCAUUAAUGCCCUCCUCAGCCAUGCAAUCUAGUGAUUUAAUAGCAUCAAAUCAAGCCACAGCAAGCAACAGCAAAGAAAACACUCCACUUUCGCUCAAUAAGAAUCCAUCGAAAAAGUCGAGUGACAUUAGUAAAUGGUUCCAGUUAUUUUCAGAUCUUGAUCCAUUAAAUCAGCAAAAGGAAGUUAGAGAUGCAAAUGAGAACAUGCAUGCAGCAUAA